CUAGUUUGCUGCAACGCACAAAACUUGAGUGUGUGUGUGUGUGUGGGAGAGAGAAAGAGGCAAGGAAUCAUGAAGACUAUUCUGUCAUCGGAGACCAUGAACAUCCCCGAUGGGGUGAGCAUCAAGGUCCACGCCAAAGUCAUUGAGGUCGAAGGUCCACGUGGCAAGCUCGUUCGUGACUUCAAGCACCUCAACCUCGAUUUCCAACUUAUCACUGACGAGAACGGGCAGAAGAAGCUGAAGAUCGAAUCGUGGUUCGGUUCUCGCAAAACCUCCGCCGCGAUCCGCACCGCCCUCAGCCACGUCGAGAAUCUCAUCACCGGCGUCACCAAAGGUUACCGCUACAAGAUGCGCUUCGUCUACGCUCACUUUCCUAUCAAUGCUAGCAUCACCAACAACAACUCCUCCAUUGAGAUCCGAAACUUCCUCGGCGAAAAGAAGGUGAGGAAAGUGGACAUGCUUGAGGGUGUUACUGUUUUGCGAUCUGAGAAGGUGAAGGAUGAAUUGGUUUUGGAUGGUAAUGACAUUGAGCUUGUUUCUCGUUCCUGUGCCCUCAUUAACCAGAAAUGUCAUGUUAAGAACAAAGAUAUCAGGAAGUUUCUUGAUGGUAUCUAUGUUAGCGAGAAGGGGACAAUACUUGAGGAGUAGAUGGUGGACAAAUAGGAAUAUUAAUGUUAGUUUCAGUUACUCAUUUUGCCUGCCUUCUUGAGAUUUACAAUUUUGUGUUAUCAAAAUUUUCUUUCCAGAAGAUGUUAUUUAAACUUCUUAUUUACUCUUACUUGCUUUGUUAUGGAACAUUUUCUUAGAUUUGAUGUUAUUUCACAAUCGGGUACCCCAAUACUGUUUAAUUUGG